AUGACUUACACUAGUAACGAUGUGAAAAUUGUUUUCAAAUCCCAUUCUAAUUUAACACAAGGAAAAAUUCAAAAACGGCUUUACGCAACAUUCUCUUCAUUUAACCCAACUCAUAUUCUUAGUUUCUGGUAUCGCAAUGGUGAGGUUCGAUUGUGGAUACAUUCUUUUAUACCCAUUAUCUUAGUUGCCCAAGAAUUUAUAUUUUAUAUAUUUUGUCGACAGGUACGUGUGAUUUCUGUAACACCAGGCUAUCUUGCUCCACCAUCAUUUUGGCUUUGGACCACAUUUACAUUCUGUUUCUUGGAGAUUCAUUUUUGGGAAGUGUUGGUGGAUAUAGUGACUGUUGGUCUCUGUGGAAAACUGAUUGAACCUUUGUGGGGACAAAUGGAGAUGUUAACCUUUUUUGCAAUUGUUAAUUUUGGCGUCGCCAUUCUAACUACAGCAUUUUAUUUUGUUCUCUAUGCCUGUACAUUCAACACAGAAUUUCUCUUCAUGGUUCACAUACAUGGACUGGCAGGGUAUGUAUCAGGCGUUGCAGUAGCUGUGAAGCAAAUUAUGCCUGAUUUAGUGAUUAUGAAAACUCCUCUGGGUAAAAUAAGUAACAGAAACGUACCCCUGACUGUGUUUUUCCUCUCUGUGAUCCUUAAAGUGAUCGGACUUGUUGACGGAACCUAUCCUACUAUGUUUUUCAAUGGACUUUUCGUUAGUUGGAUUUACCUAAGGUUUUACCAGAAGCACAGCAAUGGAACCAGAGGUGACAUGGCGGAUUAUUUCACAAUUGCUAGUUUCUUCCCAAACGUCAUCCAGCCUCCAAUAGCUAUGAUAAGCAAUUCGAUAUACUCUGGACUGGUGAAGAUAGGCUUAUGCAGGAAAGUAGUGAGGAAGUAUGAUGUUGCAAAUCCAGUAGGUGUUACUAUAUCGAUUCCAAGUACCAGCAACAGCGGCAAUACAGACCAUCAUGAUACUGAGAGAAGAAGGCAAAUUGCUCUGAAAGCACUGAGUGAGAGACUGUCCAAGUCACACGUUGGAGUUAAAUCUGUACCCCUGACUAAGCAUGGCAAACACAGUUCCAAAGUUCUCGAAUCUUCGACUCCGCGCUCCUCUGAUCACACUCCGUUCCAGCCGCAGUUCACGCAACAGCAGCCCCAUUAUCAGCAGAAAAAUCCAUCGCCGACCGAUGAGGGUGGCGGCGAUGAAAGCACGCCAUUGGUUCAAAAUGUCUGAAACCAUAAAACAUUGUUAUAUUUAUACCAGAGUGAUUUAUAAAUAUUGUUGAUAAAACAUGACAAUGGGGGCAUCGACAGAAGGAGACGUAUCAUUGGAUUAUAGAUAAGUAACAUGUAAAAACCUAAGAGUAAGGAAGAUGCAAUAAUAUCAUUUAUGGAAAAUAUGUGGAUAAGACGUUAAAAAAUAUUAAAGAUGGGUCACUCCGAUCUUUUUAUUUUAGCGGUAUGUACCUGAGAUUGCCGAUCAUCAUCAUUGACAUCACUACUGUGACAUUUGAAGUUAUGAUCAAUUUAUGAAACAGAAAAUAACGGCUGGUCGAUGAGAGAAACUGAUGAUGACAGAUAACAGGAGUGAUGCCAUGGCAUCUGUUUAGUAUGAAAAUUCAAAUUGUCAGCCUUAAACAGUAUACCCUUCAAAUAAAAUACCGCAUCUUCCUUAUUAAAAUAUAAGGAAUUAAUAUACUUUGGAUAUUAAAAGCUAAAAAGUCGUAAGCUGUAUAAGAUCUGGCUUAGUGAUAUGACUAUAUGAAAUAUUUUUCUAUGCUUGAAUCUAAAUUACAUAAGUGUUAUUUAGUUAGAUAUUGAUGUAAAAAUAUCUGUCACAUAGUUUAAUUUGAAAUUUGUAACAACCUAAGCCUUGCAUGAGAUUUUUCAAUACUCAAGGGAAAAGGAAAUUUCCAAGGUCUAAUAGGGAAUACGCAUGUAUUUUUUUCGUAUUUUCUGUCGAUUUUUUACGUUAAUAGCAUAAAUACACCAUUCAUUCACGGAAACGUCUGCAUUUUUCAAAUUAAACAAUUAAAAGUGCAAUAUCAAUGUCUUUAAUUUACAGGUCGUAUUUUUUGCACUUCGCAGUGACGUCACAAUUCAUUGUUUGUCAUUAAAGGCGACCUUUCAGUUAUUUAAUCUGGUUUAACCAAUAAUCAGGGAACAAAAGUGGUGAUAAUUUACGGUUAUUAUGACUUUUUGACUGUGGAGAGACGUGAAGAGCGAACUUAUGGCGUUUAAUAGUAGGAAAAGGUAGUUACAGACAGUUACUAAUGCUGACCUCAGAGUUUGUUUGAUAAAACUGAAGCUAGUUUCCCUGGUAUCAUACGACUACUCACGGACCUCAUAUACUCCUAAGCCACCCUUUAAAGGACCAAGUUAGUUAUAUGAAGAAGAAAAAUGAACCACUCGGUUGUUACGCAAGGUGUGUCUAUGCGCGGAAAACUUAAAUCUUUUAUAUUGUUUGUUUUUUAAUGAGGCUAUGAGCUUGGCUACUCGUCAAAUAAUGAUUUCAAUGCAACUAGUUUUGUUGAUAGAACGAAGAUUUUUUAUUGUAUUUGAAACUAUUACAAUAAGAGAUCAUGAAAUACAAUGAUUCCAUUUAUUCUUACGUAUAAGUAUUUCCAUGUACGCUAUACAAUCUAAAAUACAAAUUCAAGUAAAAGGUGAAGUUUAACGAGUUACGAGUUAAUUAUUUUCACGAGUUCCCACAUUUGCGUUGGAAGUUUUAGCAAUGAUAUUUCAAAAUCUCUCCUAAGGUUCAUAACUGCUCUUAUUUUCUACUUGAAUCUCUUCCAUUUUUUUCUAAUGUCCGAGUUCUUGAGACUUUUUACGUUUCUCCGAUUUUAAAAUGGUUGUGAAUGAACUGUUUAAGCUACCUGCUUCCUUAACACGUUGACUGCCUUUUUUCGGUUGGUUUUACCCAGGAGCCAAUUAGUUGUAUAAUGGUUAAUUUGUUAUUUUGGUAGUAAAAUUACCAAAAAAUGCAAAAUUCAAAUUUUCGCCGAUGACACUAUGAUUUAUAUAAGUACUAAAAAUAUUCAGUCUGGUAUCUCUUAUAUAAAUGAAGACUUGAAGCUUGUCUCAAAAUGGUUAGCAUCUAACAGACUAAAAUUAAAUGCAAGUAAAACGAAAGCCUUGUUAAUCGGAAAAAAACAAUGUACAAAUGUUCAACUGAAUAUUGAUGGUGAAGAUAUUGAAUUCGUAGAAAAUUUUAAAUACCUGGGGGUUUUUGUUGACUCUCGAUUAAUUUUUGAUAUUCAUUAUGAAAAAGUUAUAAAUAAGAUUAGUAGUAAAGUGGGAUAUUUAUCGAGAGUUUCUGGAUGUCUGAGUUCAUAUAGCAGACAAAUUAUCUAUAAUACCAUCAUUCUUCCAAAUUUCUUGUACUGUUCGACUAUUCUAUAUUUAGCAAAUAAUUCCAUUUUUGAAAGACUGCAAAUUUUACAAAAUAAGUGCAUGAGAAUAAUACUAAAUAAAGAUAAAUAUACUCCAAUUAGGCGAAUGCUUAGCAAAUUAAAAUGGCUCAAUGUAAAAAAUUUUAUCAAAUAUCUUGUAAUGAUAUUCAUUUAUAAAGUAAAAAAUAAUAUAUUUCCAUCAAGUCUAACUAAUUUAACAUCAUCAAAUGUCGACCAUCAUUUACAUAAUACCAGAAAUAAAGAUGACUUCCAUUUAAUGACCAAAAAGUAUAACAUAUGCUACAAAUCUGUAUUCCAUCAAGGGUUGAUUGAAUAUAAUAAAUUAUACUCGGAGAUAAAAGACCAGAAAACUUUGACAACAAAAUUUAAAGUAAAAUUGAGAAAUCACUUGUUAAAUCUACAAUUAUAGGUUGCCCAGCAUUUACAUCAUACACCAUAUGGCUUGAAUUUACUAGUUCUAAGUUGUUUACAAUUGUUCUGUUUAUGUAGCCAAAUGUGCUAAAUAAAUCUUUCUACUACUACUACUAACUCGGUUAUUGAGGCACUGACUUACAAAUCCGUUCCUUGAGUGCCAGCUGGCGCUUAUAAAACAAUCCUAAUUAAAAAACAUAACUCAAACGUAAUAAAAUCUAAUAAAAACUACAAAAUUAAAAAAUGUUAAGGGCAUUGAAAAAAUAUACAUAUAUAAAAUAUAUAAUAUAAACAAAUAUUAUUCGUCAAAAAAGCUUCUUUUUAGUGAACGCUCAAAAAAUAGUAAAGAACAUAUAAAAGUAUAACAGAAAAUUUUCCGGUAAAUAAUACACCUAAUGUGAUAAAAUCUAAUCGAAAAUAAGAAAUGAAACAACUUUAUUUUAGAACACAAACAUGAAUUUGUGGUGAAUAAAGACUAUUUUUAGUGCAAAAAAAUUAUAUGUGAAUAAUGUCACAGCACUCUAAGUAGAAUCCAGGAACACCAGGCAUGUUCUACAUUCGUACAUCGUUUGGGUACGGAUUCCCUUCUUGCUACAAGACAAUCCAUUCCCUUCUGCAUACCUAGAAAUAGUUUGGCCCUUCUCAAGUCUUGCAGUUUUGACAUCUUGGGGAGUAUUUUUUCUAUGCAAUCUCAAAGUUCCCGUAUCAUGGGUUCCUUAAUCUAAGAGUGUCUUUGCAAGUUCAAAACUAUGAUAAUAGUCGUCCAUAUAAAUAUGAUGUCCAACAUUCAAUUUAUUUUCCAUCAAGUGCAAGAUAAGUUUUUUUAGCAUGGCCCCGACCCCCGAUUUCAUCGAGCAUUUCUGUAUAGACAGCAAACUUUUGUCUGACACCUGUAAAAGUCGUUAUCGUGUAAAAUUUAAUUCCAUAUUUAUGUUUUUUAUUAUUGAUGUAUUGGUGGAAUGACUAGUCCAAGGAGAGUUGCUGACAAGGAUAAUAUAAUUCAGCCAUUCUUUUAUUGAAAAAAUAUAUAACGGCCCUGAUUUUAUAUAGCCUGUCUUCUGGUUUUGGUUUUGGAUUACUUGAAAAAUGCGGUGAACGCAAUAUGAUUAAAAAAUGAUUGCGUUUUAUACUAUUUGCUAUCCCGUUGAAGGAUCUUUUUUCCAAUAGCUCUCCUUCUUCCUUGAGGCUUCUCGUAAAUCUUUCAGAGGACGCCUUGGAGUGCUCGGAAUUUUGUUCAUACUGCCGCUGGUGUUGCAGGCAUCUCGAUCGUCUGAUGAGUUAAGAAGCAUUUAAUGAUUGUUGGCAUCUUUUGAACACAGGUCACUGUGAAUAAGGCCAAAGGAGUAUGGUUUAUCUUCUCUUUUACCCGCUGCUGCACCUGUUUGUUUAUAGCUGAUCAUAAAUAUGUUAUAUAUUAUUUCUAAACGCCUCCAUUUUUGGCUGCAUUUCUUACAUAGCAUUUGAAGCUCAGUACAUUGUCCACCAACAUUGGGCUCCUUGCAACAAAGGUUGUAAUUUUCAUUGAUCAUUAUCUAUCCAAUAGCCUGCCAGAUGAAUUUUUUUACUACCCAUUUUCUAUUGAAUACAUCAGAACCAUACCAUUAUAUCAGCUUCUCAGUUGCCAUUUCAUCUACAUGAGAGUUGAUCCAUUACCCCCGAUUUUCAUUGAAAAAUUGGAUAAGAUUACAACAGAGAUAACACAAUAUGAGAUCCUGACUUCCUGCAGUUAAGUCUUGAUAUUUAGUAGCACCAUAAACUGUCAAUACAGAAAUAUGUAAUAUUUUUAUUUAUUAUUAAGCAAAAGUACAUAGGAUUGAAUGAAAUAAUUGUAUUUUAUAAUGACACGACUGACACAAUCUGUGACUGACACGUCGUUGCAAAAUAUUUGCGAAAUGAGCAACUGUUUUUCCCCUUAAACGUAUUCCAUAGUACUAAUGCUGAUACCAGAUUCAUAUUAAACUAAAUCGAGAAAUCUCCCGCCGAAGGCCCUAAAAACUAACCAGCUAGGUGCAAACCUACAGGUUUUACAAACAACUUCUGUUUUCAUAGUUUAGUACCACAUUUUUUGUUUCCUCAGACGUUACCUUUUCGAAAACACCUGGAACAAAUAUUUUGAUUAUUCUUCUAUCUUCAAUGACCUGAUCCAUAAAUCUUUGGACAAAAGAUUGAGUUUGUCUCCAUCAUUUUGGAGAAUAGCCAAAUUCCAAACGAUGGGCAUAUUACUGUUACCCAUCGAUAAACAAUCCAUCACCGCACAAAGGGAGCCCUUUGAACAGUUCUUCACAAAUAGCUAAAUAACAGUAACCAUUUCCAACAGAUUUCGACUAUUCACACCAAGGAUUUACAGCUAAUAGUUAAUUUACAAUGAGCUACACGUCACUCCGUUUGUUAUCCCGGUCUGUCAAUCCCCCAAAAAAUUCCCCAAGUAAAAGUCCUCCAAAUUUGAGGGCAAGUCUCCCAACAUGGCAACCCUGUCAAAGCACCACUGGUACUCUAGGCGUCAAGUGUCGGGGUUGUUUUUUAUUUUGACUGCACGAUAUACAUGCUUUAUCGGUUCUAUUUUUCGAGCGUCACAACUGGUUGUCAUUUUAUUCAAUCUUCGGUUAAUUUGCUGUCAAGUUUUGAAAGUUUCUUAUUUUCUUGUUGUUUUUCUGGCAUUGUCUUGGCGGCGAAUUUCUCCUGGUGUAGUUAGAUACCUCAGUGGCGGAUUCCGCGUCAAUCGGUACUCUUUGGUACAAAUCGAACUGAUAUGCCAAUAGCGUUGCGUUUCGAUAUUUUACCUUUGUCGCGUAUUUUUACCUUUUUAUUAAUUGAAGAGCUUGGGGCACAUUGACUUUAUUUCGAGAAAUUUGACAUUGUAAGAUGUCUGUAAAUCCUGAAAUCACGUUUUUUUUGCUCUAUCGAAGGUAGUGGAUAUGGUCAGAAAUGAAGAAACGGUACUCUAUUGACUUAUAGAAUCAUUCUCGAACAAGUUGGAGCCAUAAAGACAUGGUUUCCCAGUUUUUGUUCUGGCCUCCACAGUUAUCAGUAAAAACCACCAAGUGCUUAGUGAAAGAUUUACCUUGUAAGUAUUUUAGCAUGAUGCUUGCAAUCUCUUCACUUUCCCUUAUUGCAGUAGUUUCAGCCCACAAAAACAUAUUAGCUUUGCCACUGGCACAAUCGUGUAUGCUGAGGCUGUAUGUCCAAGCCUUUCGUAAAUAGAAUGCAGGACCCACAGUUAGCGAAGGCGUGGGAAGAGUCUGCUGCAAAUCAAAGGAUAUAACAUCCUUAGUGGAAUUUGUCGAAUUGUCCGAUACCUCUUUUUAAUUUAGCCCUGCCUUCAAUAUUACGUUUUCUCCAUCUAGAUUUACAGGAUGGAUUACGGGCGGCUAACCUGAGGAUCCUUCACGCCCUCGUGAAGUUUUAUCUGUAACCCAAGAUAAAAAUGAACAUAAGUACAAUUUAUUUAAUAUAUAAGCAAAUGAACCUAUCCACUAUCCGUGUUGCUCUCGUUUGAGAACUCACUAGUAGUAAACAACUUCAUUCGCUCGGAGGGACAUAUCCCUGUAUAAGCUUUUCUGGACCGUUGCGACCCAGGCAUUUCCUCGACCAUGUAUAAUCCACUGUGUUCAAGCUAUGAAACCAGGUUUUUGCCAUUCCUGAUAACCGAGACUGCAUGUUAUAUAUAUAGUUGUAGUUUCGUCCCAGCCGUUUACUAGUUUUAACUGUACAAUUUUGUCUAACCACCUAAUGGCAGACAAGCUUUUAUUUUCCGGGUAAAAUUCUGGAAUACAAUCACUGAAAACUACAAACCUGCGAGUCUCUUGAGUUCUAUUUUGCCUCGACAUGUUUUCGAUCAUCGCCUCCAACUUUUUAAUUCUUUCAUCAAAGGCUUGCUGUUCAGGAAAUGCUUGUGUUGAUGUUGAACACCCUGUAUUUAUGCUGCCUGCGCGUGCAUCACUUAUGUUGGAUUGAUUUUGUUCGUGUGACGACACAUGAACUGCUGCUACCGACGAGCUAGGAUGGCUUUCAGGUGACUUACGUAAUUGUCUCCUUACCUUCGACCACCCUCGUUUAAGGGAGGUGUAUGAGUCACACUACGCCUCCGAUGUGCCCUACCGCAUUUUCCACUCGCAGUUUUCCUAAGCCUUCCGCGUGACGGGGAUCGCGAGGAGUCUCUACCAGAGCUACUUAGAAUAGAACGGCGUCUUCUUCUGGGACUUCUACCCAUUCUCACAAUCACUUAUACACUAUAUCUAAACUUUAAGGCUACAGUUUUUAUCAUAAAUGUCUAAUUUUAUCAGAAAUCACAACGUCUGUGUUACUCUUCGUAAAUGAGUAGUAAUACACUAAGAGAAACGCUAAAUUCACCCACGCCUGAACUGUAAUUAGGUUCACGCCACAAGGAAAGAAAAUAAGGGCAGAUGUGUAUCGCAAGAGAAUCUAUUUCACACUGCCUGUUACAGCCCAAGGAUCUACCUGACUCGACCCUUUUUUUGUUUAUAUCAGUCUCGAGAUACAUAAACAUAUAAACAUGUUGAUAUUUCUGCUGUUGUCUAACAGGAUGGAUUACACAUUACAUCAUCGUUUGACUCAUGCUUCUUUCAUUUGAACAUAAGCUUAGUGAAUGUGGCUUAUGUCGCUUGUUACCCCAAGCCCUUCAAUCAAUACUCAUAAAUUUAUAGCGCAUAAGUAUAAAAUAAGGUUGAAGGUGGCUUUCUGUAGCAAUAUUGACCUUAAAUAAAAAUAAAUAACCAAUAUCUGAAUCACAUGCAUAUUCCCUAUUGAUAAUGCAUAUUUACAUACAGUUUUCAGUUUUGAUCCACACAGUAUUUGGAAUUCAAAACUAUAUUCUAUUGAAUGUAUAAUGCAGUUUCGACUGAAAUGUCAAUUAAAUUAUUCGGUAUGUUUCUGGAGUCUACUAACCAUUGAAGUAAGUUGAUUUUGAAAUAUUUUAUACAAAUGAGUUCAUUUUACCAGUCGAGCUGUAGGUAUAGUGCGAAGUUAUCAGACCGUUCAUGCAUGCAUGCAAGUCAACUGGCACUCUGUAAUAAGCGCUCACAUGUUGAAAGUUUUUCCCUGAGUUAAAUAUCAGUCGUAAUGUCCCCUCAUUCCUUUCAACCUAGUUACGACCUACAUUCGAAGGCGACAAAAAAUAUGACAACUAGUGAUUCGGUUGUCAUGUAUGAAGGAAUAAGCCAUAAAUUACGUCAUUGCUGUUAUGAUUUCUGUUUAUUUCCUAAAACAACCGACAGGAAAAGUACUUCUCAGAUUGUAUUAAUUUGAAAUCAAUAUGAUAUGUUAUGAGCUGUCACAUAGGUAGUAACCAAGUUGAGGGGAAUCAGGGGAAAUUACAACUGACAUUUAAACUUGAGUAAGAAUGAUCAGCAUGUAACUGCUUAAUGUCGCAUUACCACAUGUUUGAAUAACGGAAACAUGAUGAUAAUAAUCCUCUAGUAUGUCAGAAUGUGUUUGUAUCGAGGAAACCGAGAAUUCAUUCACAUUCUAGGCUAUGUUUAGAAUCAUCUCCUAUCCCCUUCAUACUGUAAAUUCAGACCUGACACCACCACCAUUGUCAAAUAGUCAUACUAGAUAAUGGUUAAUUAAUAAUAAUAGCGUUUUGUCUUGAUAAAACUUGUGCAGUUUCCGUGUCUGAUACGCUUUCCUAGUUCAUACCAAUGUUUCCCCCAAACGAGACAUAGAGAGAGAGAAAUCUGACUGCAAAAGCAUGGUUGCAUGCAAAUCCACAAGCCAAAGGUGUGAAAUGUGACACUAUUGACAGUUAAGAACAAAAGCAUAAAACACGAUUCAGUGCAAAGAAGUGCAAAAGAAAAUGCUGUAAUACUGCUUCCGUCCGUCUGUCUUACCAACCAUCUUCAACUGUUUCAUGCUUGUCAAAUCCUUAGCAUGGUGUAGGUCGGACAGCGAACAAGAGCAGACCAACAGUAACUUCUAUGAGAGGUUUAUUCGAUAGAAAUACGACAGUACAAGUGUCAUCUAUCAUCAGAAUCGCCCACUGCUAAGUGAAUAGCAACUAUUAUUUGGCACUGUUAACGAAUCUCAGUUCACUUUAGUAGCCUCCUCAUCAUUAGCAUCGCUAGGUGCUACCGAUACUGACAAUAAAGUACAUGUGAUGUACUCACCAGUGGUCAAUACUGGUAAUGGAUAGCACUUGUGCUGUCCUAUUUAUAUCAUUUUCAGGGCUGUGAUAGAGAUUCUUUUUGCCCUGCUUUCGUUCGUUGUCUCACCUGAUGAUUGCCAACAAACACGGUUGGUCGGAUGGACGAAAGCAGUUAUUACAUAGCCAUGAGAACAUAUUUAAGAUAUAAUGUUGCUUAGCUACGUGCUGCUCUGAUCUGGUUCACUAAAAAUGACCAUUCCGGAGAAUCAGAAAUUUAUUGUUGAAAAGUACCGAUUAGUUUUCAAUGGUUAUUUUUUAGAGAAAUAAUUUUAUGUCGACUGAAUACGAUAUUAAUCUUAUGGUUAUGAAGAGUUGUUUUCAAAUGCUAUAAAAUCGAGAGGGGGAUACCGGUUCUCUCGAUACAGACACUGGUUAUUUGACUCUGCUAGCUGUGCUACGGAGGUAAUUAAAACUAAAGUGUCCUGUAUAAAGUAUCUGUAAAUAAUUCAUAUAAUUCUGUAUAUAUAAUGUGAACGGAAGUUGC